AUAUUUAUUAUCCAAAGCGAAGACUCCAACUUGUGCAUUAAAGUGGACACCGUUGGCCUUGUUCUGGAAGACUGCGAUCAACUCUCAAAAGACAUGUUAUGGAAAUGGGUGUCCAAUCGCCGUCUUUUCAACAUAGGCAGAAGUACCUGUCUGGGACUGAACAUCAGUAGGCCAGAGCAGCCAUUGAGUAUGCUUGAAUGUGAUUCAACUCAAUACUCGUUAUGGUGGAAUUGUGAUGGAGAAGCGUUAGUUGGUGUAUCAGAGUACAAAUUAGCUGUUGAAAACAGCAAACGUAUUGUGGCCAAAAAAGAAUCUACUUAUCAUUGGAAGCAGUACAUGUCCUAUGAUGAAGACCUUUGUGAACACCCAUUUCAAGAAACAUAUACCUUGCUGGGAAAUUCUUUUGGUUUCCCAUGCAUUUUUCCAUUUAAAUAUAACAACAAAUGGUAUUAUGAGUGUACCAGAGAUGGAAAGGAAUUUGACUGGUGUGCUACAACAACUCACUAUGAACAAGAUGAAAAAUGGGGGUUUUGCCCAAAUGCUGAGAGCGGCUGCGACGUUUUUUGGAAGAAGAACCCCGACACGCACCUUUGCUACCAGUUCAACCUUGCGUCUGUGCUGACCUGGCAUGAGGCACGGGCUGCCUGCCAGCUGCAGGGAGGAGACCUGCUGAGUGUCACCGACCCCGAAGAGCAAAACUACAUAAGUAACUUAAGCAGGCAGUUAAACGCCACAGACAUGAUGCUGUGGAUGGGUCUGAAUCGCCUGGAGGAAGAUGCUGGCUGGCAGUGGUCAGAUGGAGCACCGCUCGUGUUUGUGAACUGGAGAGCAAAUGUCUCUGAUAACCAUUUUAGAGAAAAUCAUUGUGCAGUGUUUAAUUCGAAAUUGAAGUAUGGCUGGCAAAGUUAUUUAUGUGAAUCUGGAUUGCCUUUUGUAUGCAAAAAAUAUUUAAAGAAGACAGAGCAUGAAACAUUGGAUACAUGGAAGUAUUAUGCCACUCGUUGUGACGCUGGCUGGUACCCACACAACCGCAACUGCUACAGACUUCAUAAAGAGGAGAAGAGCUGGAACGAUGCUUUUAUCUCAUGCCAAAGUGACAAUAACGAGCUCAUUAGUAUAUCCUCCAUGGCAGAUGCAGAGCUGCUCCUUAACUUGCUUGAAAGUGAAAAUGUAACUGAAACAUGGAUUGGGCUAUACAGUAAUAAGACCCCAGUUGUUUUUGAGUGGUCAGAUGGCACCCCAGUAAAAUUCUCUAACUGGCACAGCCAAGAACCUAACACCUUUCAAAGAACAGGACAACUCUGCGUUUCAGCACAAGGAUCUGCGGGACAUUGGAAAGUUAAAAAAUGCGAAGACAGAUCUUUCUACAUUUGCAAAAAAGCAGGGGAAUUUAAUCAUGUAUCUCCUGAGCUGGAAUCAAGUUGUCCAGAGGGAUGGGAAAGACAUGGUGGAUAUUGUUACAAAAUCGACAGUACCCCUCGAAGUUUUGAACAUGCUUCCAGUGGUUAUUUCUGCCCAUCUGCACUUGUAUCAGUAACAAACAGGUUUGAACAAGCUUUUAUCAACAGCAUGAUCCGUAGCGUGGUAAAAUCUGAGAGAACUUAUUUUUGGAUAGGAUUGCAAGACCUUAACAACACAGGAGAAUACUUUUGGCUAAGUGCAGCGGGGAAGAAUCGCUCCAUGAGCUACACAAACUGGAACAAGCACCAGCCACGUCACUCUGGAGGAUGUGUGGCUAUGCAAGGGCAGCACCCUGUUGGUUAUUGGGAAGUGAAAAGCUGUAAGAACUUCAAAGCAAUGUCAUUGUGCAAGCGAAAAAUCAAUUCUUAUGAAGAACCUGAACUUACUUUUCAAAAACAUUUGAGUUCCUGCUAUUUUGGGUGGGAGUCGGAAGCUAAUCUGCUCAGCUGCUACAAGAUAUUUCACAAUGAGAAAGUCCUGAUGAGAAGAACAUGGGAUGAAGCAGAAGCAUUAUGCCGAGAUUUUGGAGCACAUCUUGCUAGUUUUAGCCAUAUAUAUGAAGAGACAUUUUUAAACAAUUUAUUAUAUACAAUUUUUGAUAGGACAGAAGAAAGGCAGUUCUGGAUUGGAUUUAAUAAAAGAAACCCGCUUUCUGGAGGGACGUGGCAGUGGUCUGACAGAACACCUGUUGUAUCUUCAUUUUUGGAAAGCAAGUAUUUUGAAGAUGACUCAAGAAACUGUGGUGCGUUCAAAGUAAAUAGAACGGUCUUUCCAGCACACUGCAAUGAAAAGCGUGAAUGGAUAUGCAAAAUACCAAAAGGUGUUAAACCAAAGAAUCCAGAUUGGUACAUAGCUGAACUGCCGUGGUCAUAUUAUCAAGGAGCAGAAUAUCUUUUCCAUGUCAGUCCUACAGACUGGGAAACCUAUGAGUUUGUCUGUGGCUGGCUUCGCAGUGGAAUGGCAACAAUAAAUUCGUCUGGUGAACAAGCCUUUAUUCAAAAUAAAAUUAAGAAGCUAUCGAAUAGUGAUGUUCACUGGUGGAUUGGAUUGCACGCAGAAAACCUCAGUGAUGAAUUUCGCUGGAGAGAUGAAUCACCAGUAACAUUCCAGAACUGGAAUGAAGGGAGGGGACGAGAUCUGCAGAAACCCGGGAAAAGAUGUGGCUUCAUUUCAUCACAAACAGGACUCUGGGGUGAUGAAAACUGUACUGUCUCUCUUCCCUGUAUUUGUAAACGUAAAUUUGCGUGGAAAAUAGAGAAAGAGAUUCCAAAAGACCAGAACCAACAAGGAGUAUGUCCGAAAGGAUGGUUGCACUUUGGAUUCAAAUGCUUUUUGAUACAAAUUCCGAAGGAUCCAGAGCAUCUGAGAAACUGGUACUCUGCACAAGAGUUCUGCAGUAGCUAUGAUGGGUCGCUUGCUUCCCUCGAAGAUGAACUGGAACAAGCUUUCAUUACAAUGAAUCUAUUUGGACGGAAAACUAGUGUUUGGAUAGGUUUCCAGAGUGAUGAUUAUGAAAAAUGGGUGAAUGAAAAUCCUCCGAUGUAUUCCAACUGGUCUCCGGUUGAAGUAGUGCAUAGACAGCGUUUUAACAGUCCAAACAUCCAAGAACAACUUCCACUAUGUACAUUAGUAUCAAAUAACCCUAAUUUUUAUUUUACGGGAAAAUGGUACUUAGAAAACUGUCAGAAAAAUUAUGGGUUUGUCUGCCAAAAGACUCAGGAUUCAGGAAUAGAGAUGGAAUUUCAUGAUUUCUGUCAUGGCAAGCAGAGCAAUAGCAUGAGAUUACAAAAGACAAAAUUGAGGUUCGCUUGCCAAAAGCACGAAGCUUUUGCGGGGAAGUCACGCUGCUUGGUUUCCUCAAGCCAUGUUCCAGCGUUGCCUCUGGGACUGGGAGCCGGUGGCACCCCGGGGCGCUCGGGCAGCUUUGGAGCCCCGUCCCAGGCGCUGCCGCAGCUCUGCGAGCCAGGACCUGCCACAGCGUG